AUGGACGGAAGCGAGAGAGAUGGAAUAGCAACAGACGGAGCUGCCACAGACGGGAUCGAGAGGGACGGCAGCGCAAUUGAUGGUACCGAGAGAGACGGGAGUGAGAGAGCCGGAAGGGCAAUCGAUGGUACUGAGAGGGACGGCAGGGAGAGAGACGGUAGUGAGAGAGUCGGCAGUGCGAUUGAAGGAGCUGACACAGAUGGUACCGAGAGUGCCGGAAGAGCAAUCGAGGGGACCGAAAGGGAUGGCAGCGAGAGAGACGGAAUAGAGAGCGACGGCAGCGCAAUCGAUGGUACCGAAAGGGACGGAAGUGCCACAGAUGGGACCGAAAGGGAUGGCAGCGAGAGAGACGGCAGUGAGAGAGACGGGACCGCAAUAGACGGGGCCGAGAGAGACGGCGCUGCCACAGAUGGGAUCGAUAGAGCCGGAAGGGCAAUCGAUGGUACUGAGAGGGACGGCAGUGAGAGAGACGGCAGUGAGAGAGUCGGCAGUGAGAGAGUCGGCAGUGCGAUUGAAGGAGCCGACACAGAUGGUACCGAGAGAGCCGGAAGUGCCACAGAUGGGACCGAAAGGGAUGGCAGCGAGAGAGACGGAAUAGAGAGCGACGGCAGCGCAAUCGAUGGUACCGAAAGGGACGGCAGUGAGAGAGACGGGACCGAAAGGGACGGCAGUGCGAUUGAAGGAACCGACACAGAUGGUACCGAGAGCGACGGCAGCGCAAUUGAUGGUACUGAAAGGGACGGCAGUGAGAGAGACGGCAGUGCGAUUGAAGGAGCCGACAAAGAUGGUACCGAGAGAGCCGGAAGUGCCACAGAUGGGACCGAAAGGGACGGCAGUGAGAGAGACGGCAGUGAGAGAGUCGGCAGUGCGAUUGAAGGAACCGACACAGAUGGUACCGAGAGCGAUGGCAGCGCAAUCGAUGGUACCGAUAUAGACGGAAGCGAUAGAGACGGAAGGGCGUUAGACUGGACUGAGUUUGAGGAGGCAGCCGAAGAGGCCUUCGUAGUAGACGCCGUCGCCCGAGACGGGACAGAGAUAGACGGAAUCGAGAUGGCUGGGAGAGAAAUCGAGGGAACCGAUAGAGCCGGGAUAACGACUGCUGGAAAUCCUAUUGGCGGGGGUGAAAUCGUAAUAGGCUGA